AUGGGUUUGGUGAAAGAUGGGAAGUGGGUCUGGGAGUUUGGGUGGAAGAGAAUAUUUAACAAUGUUGAGUUUGUAGAAUUUGUGGAUUUGUGGCUUUGUUUGUGCAGGGUGUUUAUUCGACCUGGCUUGGCUGAUUCUAUUGCUUGGAAUAGCUCGCGGUCAGAAAUCUUCACAACAAAAGAGAUGUACACAAUCCUUCACAAUAGCCGGCAAUCCAUGGAGACCACCCCGACUGCUCUUAAGGACAUAUGGCAUAAGUGCAUUCCCUGCAAAGUGUCCUCAUUUGUUUGGAAAGCUCUUCAAGAUAGAAUUCCAACGAGAGAGAACCUGUUGAAGAGAGGAAUUUAUCUCGAGAAUAAUUGCUACAGCUGUCCCCUUUGUCCUACUCCCUUUGAGUCUACUGACCACAUUCUGAUCUCGUGCGCUUUCUCGAACCAGGUUUGGAAGGCCAUCUAUAAAUGGCUGAAUUUCAGCCAUAUCUCCCAGUCAUCCAUACUGGAUCACUUCUUUGAAUUUGUUGAGAAAGGAGGGAAUAAGGUUGGAAAAGCAAUUUGCACCAUGAUUUGGCAAUGUACUUGUUGGAAGAUUUGGAAAAUCAGAAAUGCGAAAGUGUUCAAGGAUGAAAGCCCUAAUAGUUCUAGAACGGUGGAUGAAAUCAUUUUCUGCACGUGGAGAUGGUUAAAAGCCAGGAACCCAAAUCAUUUUUAUUACUCUUCCUUUGAGUGGAUGAUGGAUCAUGUUAGCUGCUUUCCGGCAAAAAUCGCUUGA